AUUUGUAAUAUGUUUAUAUAUUAACUUUAAACUAUAUAAUAGUGUUUUUACUUAAAUUUAAGACUAAUAUUUCACAAUUUAACACAUUCAAAUCGUCACACACAUGAAUAAAACAUCGAAACAUUCCAAAAUCAUAUAAAACAGAAUUAACAUGUUGUCAGGAUACUACUUAGGUCAUGUACUGAUGUUAACUAAUGUUAUUCCUUUGUCCAUCAGUUACUUCAUCCAUCUAUUGGUACCAAUGAGUAAUUGUUUGAGGAAUAACUCAACUCAAUUUGGUAUUUUUAAUUCGAAUCAUAAGUCAGUUGUUGAUUUAGAGGUUCAAGUAAGUAGUUAAGAACCAUAAUUGACAGACUCCUAAGGGCACUAAUCUAGAACACAUACAAGUAAUGACCAAUACCUACCAACGAAACCACCUAACUAAGGUAAUAGGUCAAACCAAACCAACUACCAAAUGACCUAACUGACGUAAUGUCCUAUCUACCUAAUCACCUAAUUACCUAAGUCCUAAUACCUAAUUCUUUGACUCUCAGAUUUGGGGUUUAUUAUAAUUUCAUUCCAUUACU